AUGGAGAACAUCUCGGAAUUUCCUGAAAUCAUUCUGCUCACCCAUGGAUCUACGUGUGACAUGUUGGCCAGGGACUUUGACGAGGACGGUGAUGUGGAUCUUAUUCUUGGUGAUGACAAAUGGUUACCUUCAUAUUCAAGGUACUUUGAGCGUAUUUCUGCCUAUCGUGUGGUGGAGCGCACGGGAGAUGACAAUCCACUAAGUAUUUUUAACGGCUCAGUGCAGCAGAUUGCUGACAUAGAUGGCGAUGGGCGGUUGGAAAUCUUUUCAGGUCAGAAAAAACCCUUUGGGUCAGCCACUUUGAGCCAUCUUCACUUACUCAGACGUGCUGCAGAUGGCAGCCUUGUGGAGAUGGAAAAUUCUGUUUGGUCCCUCUCGGGUCCAUUUGGAUCUGAUCUGGAGGUUGUAUUCUUCUUUGAAAUUCAUGUGGCCGACUGGAACUCGGAUGGGCUGCCGGAUGUUCUCAAGGUGUCCGUCGUGGGCUUCGGUGAGAGUGUGACCAAGGGUAAGCUUAGGUGGUGGAUUGAAGACUACCGUCAACAUGUUCUGGAUCUAGACAUGAAACUCGAUGUGGAAGCCUAUGGGGACAUUGAAGCAGGUUUCAAAGACCAGGAAAUUGUUGUUGACUGGAAUGGGGACGGCUUUGCAGAUCUGGUCGUUCUGCGCAAGUCAAAAAGCUUGCAUCUAUACGAACAUCGAGAUGGGGAAUUCAAAGAAGUACUUGAUGUUUUCCAGAAUGUCACAGCAAGCUUGCUGGGAAAGGGCACUGCCACAGCUGUCAUAGUAGACUGGGACAUAGAUGGUGAUUUGGACCUCAUUAUCUCAACUGAAUCAGAUGGCAAGUUGCACUACCAUGAGAUGGUUUCUGGGAACCUUUGCAAGGAAGAACUGCAGCAUCCGUUCCAAAACAUCACCAUUGCACCAGACAUCAUCAAAGGAAAGAACUACUUUGGAUAUAUCCAGCCUGUGAUUGUUGACUGGGACAAUGAUGGUGACAUGGACUUGUUUCUAGGACCUCCAGACGGGCGGUAUUUUGAGCAGCUCUCAGAUGGCACUCUACGCGAGUGGCCACGUGAGGAAAGCCCAGUCAGUGAGCUGGGAGAUACUACUCGGACAAAAUGGGACUUCGUGGACUGUGAUGCAGAUGGUGACUAUGACCUCUUGCGAAUGGAAGGGGGGGCAAACCCUCGAGUCCAGGUUUGUGAGCAUAAGACCUCACAUGUCCUGCGCUGUGACGACGCCUUUCCAUGCUUAGGAACCAAUUUGAGCAAGUUUCGCCCACAAAAGACUGGAUGGAGAAUGCAGUUGGGCAACGUGGCUGAUGGCCGGCUCAAAUUCAUCACUUACGACUUUGCAGAAAGCAGGGCAGUCCUCUGGAGUUCGGGCAUUUGUCUUCCAGCGGACCCUUGCCACUCAAAGGGCCUCUGUUUGAACAGGCGAGCGCAUUGCAGUUGCAUUGCAGGUCACGAGUUGGCUGAUUGUUCCGGCUGCGAGCCGCAUUUUUACAGCGUGCAGCGGAAGGUAGGGCAGAUGCACGACUGCAAAGCAUGCCCAGGUGCCCGUGGCAAGGUUUGCUACGGCCGAGGCAGCUGCUUUGAUGAUGCGGCAGGAAAGAUGCUUGCUGAGGAAUCUACAGCUCGGUUGAUGGCCACAGGCAAUGGCUCAUGCAGUUGCAACGAGGUUCAUUUCUAUGGAAAGGACGAGGAAGGCCGAAGCACAUGCAUUCAUGGCAUUUGCCCAGCUGGCACCGAAGAGAACGAUGGCAGUUGCAAUCCCUGCGCUGGUGGGACCUUCUCAUCAGAAGGAAGCAGUGUGUGUGAAGCCUGUCCUGUGGGGCACGUGUCCAGCCCAAACAGUGGUGCCUGCGAGAGCUGUGAGAGCAUCUUCAUCCGAUCAACUCCUGAUGACAAGAAACAGAGCUGCCAAGUGCUUGCUAUGGAUGUCGUUCUUGGCCUGAUCUUCUUGAGUACAUGCUCUUGCUUUUCUUUUCUGUCUUUGACAGGCUUCUCGGGGCGCAUUCCCAUUUCAGAUGUGUCUGCACAGGGUCAAAAGGUUGUGGUGACAACUUCCACUGCGCACGGUCUCCACAAGUGGGCAUGCCCAAAGGUGACCUUCGCUGGAACCGAUGUUCCCGAUCUGGAGUCGUCGAAUGACUGGACCAUCAAAGCCUUGAGCUUGUACCAAGUGACGCUGCAUGGCGAGAGCCCCAUGUCACUGGAUGACCCCAAAACUGAUCUUUUGGAUAGUCUGAACAAACCUCUUGAGUUGCAUUCCAGGCAAGGUGAAGCAACGCCACUGGUGAAGAGGCGACGACAAUUCCUCAAGGAGUGGCCUUUGGCUCUUGAACGAUGUAGCCGUGGCCCUGACCGCUCGAUGACUGCGGGGAAACUUCACGAUUUCUUGCAGAGACUUGACUGA